AUGGUGAUCAUGAACCAUGAUUACACCAAGGGCCAGAUGAUCGGCCUGGCGGUUGGGUUCAUGAUCAUUCCUACUGCUUUCUACGGACUUCGUAUUUGGGCGAAGUUACUCGUCAAACGCUUUGCAUGGGAUGAUUACCUGACGGGAGCAGCGCUCUUGGUGUCCAUCACUUGCUGCACUCUACAACUCGCCACUGCGAUCCACGGUCACUUGGGACAGCAUCAGCCCACGUUCCCCGACGGUUCACCAAUUAUGAAUGACCCGGGGUUGAUCUUCUUCGAACAGACAAAGUUUGCGCUCAAUAUGAUUUCCAUCCUCGGCCUGGGCCUCGUCAAGUCCUCUAUUCUCGUGUUGUACUACAACCUCUUCCCAAGCCAAAGGUUUCGCUACAUCGUGUUUGGGGUCCUUGCCUUUGUCAUCGGAUGGACUGUCAGUUUCUUCUUUUCCCAUCUCUUUACAUGCUUCCCCAUCACGGUGUUCAUCGAGCCCUACUAUGGCAACUCGUGCGUUCAGACGGUACCGAUGUUUCUCGCGCUUCUCUUCACCGGCGUCGUUGCCGACUUUGCCAUCCUCGUGCUACCAAUCGCGAUGGUCCUCAAAGUACAGAUGCCCCUCAAGAGGAAGAUUGCCGUCAUUGGAAUGUUGGGGCUCGGCGCUGCCGUCUGCGCUGUGAGUGUCACGAGAGUGGUCGCUACAUUCGCUAUCGCCGAAGAAUACGUCAAGCAUCCCAAUGAUGUCAUCUAUUACACCGCUCCCGUCUUCUUCUGGACCAACAUUGAGCUGUCACUGGCUAUUGUCUGCGCCUGUCUUCCAACACUCCGGCCAAUUUGGGUGCACUUCUUCCCCAAGCCCAUUAAAACAGGCAACAAUUCCUACGAUUACGGAUCAUCACGACGUAUUGGAGGAAAGAACAGUGUCAGAACGCCGUACGAAGAGCUGGACGAACUCGAAAUGAUCCGAAACGAUGAUAAAACCCGCUCGGGCUCUCCAGAAGGGCGAGAAAUUCUCAGAGAGACAACGAUCCAUCAAACGAUCGAGCCAUCAGAUAGUUCAAGUACCACCAACUUGAGGAGUAAUGGUGUUGGAUUAUGA